AUGCUGGCUGGGGGAUUCUGGGAGUGGAAGUCCUCCCCUCUUAAAGCAGGCUGGCUGGGGAAUUCUGGGAGUGGAAGUCCUCCCCUCUUAAAGCGGCCAAGGCUGGAGACGGCUGCCGAGGGUCCUGCGGCGUUGGGGCAGCGGGCGGCGGGCGCUUGGCUCUCCCAAAGCGAGGGGCCCCGAGCAUCCUGCCUGUCCCUGGCCGGAGGAGGUCGCUGCUUGCCGGCUUGCCGGGGCGGUGCUGCUUGCGAGGGCUGCCCGCUCCGCCUUCCUCUCCUCCUCGUGGCCGGCGAAGGGGCGGCCCUGGCCGGCCGGGCGUUGGGCAGGCUCGCCCUUGCGCACUCCAAACCCGGCGGCCGCCGAAGCCGCAACCGGUCCGGAGGAAGCUCCCGAACCUCUCUGGCGCAAAAGGCGCGCAAGCCCGGCGCCCGGCCGCCCAUGAGCCCGCGGGGAGCGCGGCGGAGACAGGCAGGAGGAGGCGGCAACGGGGGCGGCCGCCCACCUUGCGCCCCGGCCUGCCCGCUCUGCCCCUCCGGCUGGCCCGGCCACCCCGCGCCCAAGAUGAUCCCCCACUUCUCGGCCGACGCCGUCAUCUCGCAGAACGCCAUCAACCAGCUCAUCAGCGAAAGCUUUCUCACGGUCAAAGGCGCUGCCCUCUUCCUGCCCCGCGGAAAUGGGUCCUCCACCCCCAGGGUCAACCACCGGCGGAACAAGCACGCAGGUGACCUUCAGCAACACCUCCAAGCCAUGUUCAUGAUCCUGCGACCUGAAGAUUACAUCCGACUGGCGGUGAGGCUGGAAAGCAGCUAUCAAAACCGCAUGCGCUACAUGGUGGUGGUCUCGACGAACGGCCGGCAGGACACGGAAGAGAGCAUCGUCCUGGGGGUGGACUUCUCAUCUAAUGACAGCACCAUUUGCACAAUGGGGCUGGUCCUGCCCCUCUGGAGCGAUGCCCUCAUCCAUUUGGACGGCGAUGGGGGCUUCAGCGUUUCCACCGACAAUCGGAUCCACAUCUUCAAACCGGUGUCCGUGCAGGCUAUGUGGUCUGCCCUGCAGAGCCUUCACAAAGCCUGCGAAGUGGCCCGGAUCCACAACUACUACCCCGGCAGUCUUUUCCUCACCUGGGUCAGCUACUACGAGAGCCACAUCAAUUCCGACCAGUCCUCGGUCAACGAGUGGAACGCCAUGCAAGAUGUCCAGUCCCACCGUCCGGAUUCCCCAGCGCUCUUUACGGAUGUCCCCACGGAGCGCGAGCGGACGGAGCGCCUGAUCAAGACCAAACUCCGAGAGAUCAUGAUGCAGAAGGAUCUGGAGAACAUCACCUCCAAGGAGAUCCGAACGGAGCUGGAAAUGCAGAUGGCGUGCAACCUGCGCGAAUUUAAGGAAUUCAUUGAUAACGAAAUGAUCAUCAUCCUGGGCCAGAUGGACAGCCCCACGCAGAUCUUCGACCACGUCUUUCUGGGUUCGGAGUGGAACGCCUCCAAUCUGGAAGAUUUGCAAACCAGAGGGGUGCGGUAUAUUCUGAACGUCACUCGUGAGAUCGAUAAUUUCUUCCCGGGAGUUUUCGAAUACCACAAUAUCCGAGUUUACGACGAAGAAGCGACGGAUUUGCUGGCUUACUGGAACGACACCUACAAAUUCAUCUCCAAAGCAAAGAAGAACGGCUCCAAGUGUCUAGUCCACUGCAAGAUGGGGGUCAGCCGGUCGGCCUCCACCGUGAUUGCCUACGCCAUGAAGGAGUACGGCUGGAACCUCGACCGGGCCUACGACUACGUGAAGGAGCGCCGCAGCGUCACCAAGCCCAACCCCAGCUUCAUGCGCCAGCUGGAAGAAUACCAGGGCAUCCUCCUGGCCAGCAAGCAACGUCACAACAAACUCUGGCGGUCACACUCCGACAGCGAUCUCUCGGACCACCACGAGCCCAUCGGCAAGUCAGGCAUGGAGGUCAGCAAAAAGGAAAUAACCACCUCGGCCGACCGCAUCUCCGACAACAAGUCUUCCAGCAGCCUGGUACCCGUGCCCAUGGGGAUCGCCGCCAGCCCCCACGGAGCCUUGCUGUGCCAUUUGGGCUCCGGGCCUUUGGCGAACCAUCCGGGCAAAGAGAGAGUGAUCCAGUUGCAAAUCGCGCCCCGAGACUUCGACGCCGAGCAGAUGGAAGAUCAGCUGAAUUUGAACAACCUCAACGGGUGCCCGUCCGGCUGCUGUCCGGCGGAGUCCGAAUCGCCCCUCGACAACUGCAACCCAUCCGAGACCUUACUUCAGCAAGGGGGUACCUUGAAACCGGCCGGCGGGUUCCCGGAUUUGGCGGUGUCUGAUUUGGAAAACGACGCCCUCAAGUCCGGCGACGGGAACGUCCACCUGGUGCCCAUGGAAGAGUUGGAGUCCUGCUUGCGAGAGACGCCCAGCCCGCCCGCCAACCUUUCUCAGCCGGAGGAAGAGGAGGAGGAGGAGGAAGAAGAGGAGGAGGAGGAGGAGGAGGAGGAAGAAGAAGCAGCCACGGCCGGAGACUUCGGCACGGAUCGGAUCGACUUCUUCAGCGCUUUGGAGAAGUUUGUGGAGCUCUCGCAGGAGAAGAGGCCGCAGGCAUCAUCCAAGGUGGAAGAUCUGGGCAACGGGAGGAAUGGGACCCCCCGGGUCUCAGGCUUGGAGCUGCUGCCUUGCGAUCCCACCGAGCAGGGCCAGCGAAGUGCCUCUGCGGGCAGCUCCCCACAGGUCUCGGAGGCCUUGUCUCUGGAGGAGGAGCAGCUGAAGCUCUCGGAACCAGAGCCUCCCAUGGGCCUGAUCCGCUCCCAUUCCCCCAUUGUCUCGGUCAAAGAGAUCAUUACAGAGAUUGAGUCCAUCCAUCAGGGGGGAUCCCAAGGACCCACCAAGGCAGAGACCGGCAACAACCCACUCCCAACGCCCAAGAGAACCCUCCUUCACGAGACCCCAGCCGAGGCGACCUGCAUUUUGGACAGCAAGCUCGGGAAGGCUGAGGAGGCAGCAGAUGUGGCUGGAUCAGUCCCAAAAGAAGCUGUUCGAGAACCGUUGAAACCAGAAUCCGAAGGGUCUUUGUUGCCCCCAAUGCUCGCUUCUAAGCCAGACAUGGAGGGAAGGGGCUCAGCCGAAGACCCCACAGAAGUCCGAGUCCUCCCUGGGCCCAAAUGGUGUCCCGGUUCUGUCCGACGGGCCACUCUGGAGUUUGAAGAGCGUCUACGGCAGGAGCAGCAAGAUUUGCAGCACGUUUCUCCAGUUGUCCUUUUCCCCGUCCGGAAGAAUUCCCGGAAUGAGUCCGAUCCGGGCGCAAAGAGCAGGAACGACGAUACAUCUCAGGAGCCGACCCAGCUCUCGAGAAGUAAGGAGGUCUCAAGAACAGGAAGCAGCUCCGAGACGGGGACCAUCUCCGAACCACCACCGCCGUCAGAACCUUCUCGUCCACCGGAAGUCCCUGCGGAGGUGCCAGGAGUGGCUCGCGAACACCGGAUGGUGCUUUGGAUGGAGGGUGACGAGGGACCUCCUCUGCUCAGCCCCCUCCCCAAGAGAAUCGAGAUCAUCGAAUACACGCCUGCCUUGCCUGGCACAGAGGGGGUCGAGAAGGUUAUCACCGCCCGGACCCCAGAGAAAACCGUGGAUGAAAACUGCAACACUGCUUUCUGCUCGGAGACUCCUGGAUGCAGCCCAGAUUUGUCCAGGACACCAGAACAGGAAGGCGGCCCCUUCAGCGAAGCCAUCUUCUCUUGGGGAAGCUCAAAACAGAUGGACAAGGAGGAGGGGGAAACUGGGGCACCGUCCAUCCUUGCAACCCCCUCAUCUUCAGCCAACCAGGCAAGACACUCCCCUCCACCCUCUUCAUGUCAAAAGUACCGUCUCGGUCUGGAGGGGGUCACUCAGGACAGCACAAGCACUGAGCCUGAGCCGGCUCCCUCACGGGGCUAUGCUGGAAAUGGGCACUUCUCCCUGGAGGAGAGGGGAAGGGGUUUCCUGCCCUGGACAUGCUGGACCCCCAAUCUGGGAAAAAAUCCUCCGGGCGUCCCCUCAGCCCGUCCUCUUCGCUGCUCUCUCCCUCGCCGUUCCAGCUGCGACGGCUGCGCCAAAGACAGCAGCCAGGGGACAGGCCUGGUCAAGCAGCUGGCGAAAGAACUGGAAUCCCGCCUGCGGCAAGCCGGACUCACCGCACCAUCUCAAAUGAAACGCUCGGCGUCUUUAGCCAAACUGGACUGUCUGGGCUCGCUGAAGGACGACUUGCCCCGCGGCUGCUGCCUCCCCGCCGGCGCCAGACUCGUCUCACCGGAAUCUCUCCGGAUCCCCACGCCAGAUCCGGCCAUCUCCUCUCUGACCCUCCUGUCUCCUGAACCCACCAGGCAUUUGGUGGAACCGGUCAAGCUGUGGGAGUGCCUGGCCCUGAGCCGGCCGGUGGAACGGCCCCUGGCUCAGUUCGCCCAAGAUUUCACCCGGACCUGUGGCCCCCCGGAAGAAACAUGGACUUGGGGCCACGGCCUGGUGCAGCCAGCCACGCACGCUCGAAAUCCCCCCGCCAGAACUCGGCUGCCCAGGAAAUUAAAAAAAUCCAACGAGCGGAAACGAACCACCAACCCCGUCUAUAAUACGAUGUGACCCCUGCCUCAGUGUCCCCUCCCGUCUCUUCCCCCUUUCUCCUCCCUCCCCACUUCAAAUUUUUCACAGUCCCUCGCAGAUGUAAUAUAUACCGAAACAUGCACUUUAUUAGUUAGGUUGUUUUUUUUAUAUAUAUAUAUAUAUAUAUAUAUAUAUAUAUAUCUGUUCUUUUAUUUGUACGGUUCCUCCGUUUUUGCAUGUACAUUUUCAAGGUGGCUGAAAUUCGAAUUUAAAAAGAAAACAAAACACCAACCUCCAUUCGUGCGAGUGACUGCGAGAUGACCCCGUGGCGUUUUUUGUGUGUUGUUUUAUUUCGGUUUUGUUUUUCAUUGGGUGGUUGUUUUUUUUCCCCUAUGAAAAUAUUUUACCUCUAUUUUUUUUUCCAGCUUUGUCUUAAAAGAGCACCCUUUCUUUGCAAAACCAGAGGCCGCCAGUUUUAUGUUUCCGCCAUCCAAGUCAUCACCUUUGCAGGGUUGGCCAGCAAAGCCCCGGUCUGCUAAUUUGGGCGGGGGGCUCACAAGAGGCCCCCCCAAAUCUCACCUCCUGGAGCCCCUGGAUCCAAACAGCUGUGAAGUUUGUAUUUCUCUCUGCUCCCCACCCCUCAGAUGUCCAGUAGAAGCCACAACAUUGUCGUCCACACAGAAGGACAAUAUUGUGCCCGUAGUGCCACUGAACUGCACAACGCUGCCCUCUGUGGGCCCCCAAAAGGACCAUCCUGAUGUAUUUAAGUAGGGGGUGCAACCCCCACUCCCCCCACAGGGCUGUCAGCUGGAGCGGGCAAUCCUCCGAGCCUUGCCCCCCCCCCCCCGAUUUUCUCCCCUCCUUCCCCAAGCAGCCCCCCAGCCUUGGUGCCCCUUCCUUUGGGAACAUCUGCCCACUUCUGCAGCUGGCAGGGCAGGGUCUGUCUGUCCCCUGUGCGCCCACCCACCCACCCACCUACCCAAAGGCCUGUCCAAUAGAGCGGUCAUUCUGGAGCAUUCUCGCACAUCCGCGUGCGAGUACACAAGCACAACCUCUCUUAACUCCCCAAGAAAUCCCUUCCCUUUUUGAGCGGCAAAAAAAAGAGGGAUUUAAAAAUUGGGCUGUUCUUUUUUUAAAAAAUUUUUAUUUUAUUUUAUUUUCCAGAACGGGUGUUCUUUUAAGACGGGCAUCGAAAAGGCAUCUGACCUUCCAGUUACUUGAAUAAAACAGUGGGCCUUCUCAAAACUCGCCCUCCAUCUCCGUUUCCUUUCUCUCCACUGUGCAAAGCUCUUGAAGGGGGGGGGGUUGUGGGUCGUGAGGGGGGGGGGUCUCUCCUUGCCUUCCCGCUCUCCCCCCCCCCCCCGCCCCCAGAAUCCCCGUCAAGCCAUUUUGAUAAGAGCCCAGAUAUGAAUGAAUUAGGGUAAAGGGUUCACCCCCAGCUUCUCCUGGUCCUCUUCUCCCAGCUUCGUGUCACCAAAACGGGGGGCAGGAGAGGAAAUAUUGUGUGUGCGUUUGCGUGUUUGUGUUUCUGUACAUAAUAGGACUUGUUAUAAAUGAUGUGUGUGUGUGGGGGGGAGAUUUUUAUCCUCCCCCCCCCCCCCCCGUUUGCUCUACGUCGAAAGAUUUAACAUCUCUUCCGUAAACUGGAAAACCCGUUUCCCCCCCCCUCCCCAUCUCCCCCACCCCGUUUAACCGAAUUGUCUCCCGUUAUUUGCACAACCCUUCAGGAUCAGGCUGUUCUGUUUUAACUUCUCUCGGAUGGUUACCGACUGCUUUGUUUUUUUAAAAAAAAGACAUUUGAAAAGUAGAGGUUUCUCGUUUUUUGGUUGUUGUUUUUUUGGUGUUUUUUUUGCCAACUGGUGCCAAAACGCAUGUGAGGUGUGUCUUUUUUUUAAAGUCCUUUUUUUUUUUUUUUGCCUUUUCAUCGACCCGUUGGGUUACCUGUCUCGUGUCGGUUCCCUCCGAAGAACGUCGCCUUCCCUGGUGUUCUUCGUGGAGGUGGGUGUGAUGUGGUCCCUUCCUUUUCCUUUUCCAUUUUUGUGUUUUCCUUCUGGAAAUCAGGGUGUUUGAAAUCAGGGGUCUCCGACCUUGGCAACUUUAUGACUCGUGGACUUCAACUCCCAGAAUUCCUCAGCCAGCUUCGUUGAAGCCCACGAGUCAUAAAGUUACCAAGGUUGGAGACCCCCGUUCUAAAGUGUGUGUCAGUAACACUUCCAAUGGCGUGGAGUGUAUUAAUGCACUGAACGGGUUCCUCCUCCUUAACAGCAGCCCAAAAAAAAAUCGGGAUUUUUAGAAACCUGGCGGGCGAGGAGAGUCAGUCGGUCGGUCUCUGUCGUUUCAUUUUUUUAGAAAAAAAAUAAUUGUUUAUUUCUUUAGAAGGCCAAGAAACUACAUCCAAAAGAUCUGUAUUUUCUGCGUCAUGCAUAUUUUUUUUUUAUUAUUCCCUUUCUGGGCUCUGUAAAUCUUUAGACCAGUUCAGGACCAAAAACUUGAGGCCCAGAAAGAGAUUUGAAGAGCAUUCUGUGGGGAUUGCACCCCAAAACUGUCUGGGAAAAGGGGCACCCAGCUCUUCUUCUCUUGGGGCUUAUGAUAGGUUUAAGCAGGGCACUUGAAAUGCUCCAUCGACUUCCCAGAUCAGGAGGGUGCCCCUCGGUGGAAGGUUUAGGGGGUCUGUACCCCCUUUUCGUAAAAGUCUCUUCACUCCUGAGUCUUAACUUGAAUGAUGAGCAGAUCAUUGUAGCUCAGUUUGGACAGAUUUUGGGGGUAGUGUAGAGAGAAUGUCAAGAGUUAGUUUUGGCAGAAGUACCCCUUUUCCCCCAAAAAAACCCAGCUAGAUGCCUACACCCCUUAAUUGUGAGGUGGGAGCUUCUCUGUGCUGGAAUGGGACAAUUCGCUGUGGUCUUCUUGCCCACACAGCCAACCUGGCAUGACCGUCUCGCCACGGCCAACUUGCCGCGAGAAACAAUUCCGCGCGGGAUAACUCAAUGCGAUGCAGGAUACCCGCCACCGUUUCUUCAACAUGACAUCAACAAAAAUGAAUGUCGAAGAAACGGCGGAGGAUAACAUCGCGUUGAGUUAUCCCGCCUGGAAUUGUCUCACGGCAAGUUGGCUGCGGCGAAUUGUCCUGGACCCUUCUUUGACUACCUCCAGCCCAUCUGACCACUGGAGUGGAGGCAGGGGUGGUAUUCACUUAUUUUCCCUACCAGUUUGCAAAUGUGCGCGCGCCUCAAAUGUCCGUAUCUGUGCUUCCGCACAUGCACCUGGCCUCAAAAAAAAUGACUAAAUAAGAUGGCACAGAGUCGGGACCACUCGCAGGGCCACCUGCAAUUUCCGCUACCAGUUCGGCUGAAUCGGUCCGAACCGGCUGAAAUGAAAAUCCUCAGCAUAAUCCAUCAUCCUCGUUGCUCCUGGGUGGGUCAAAAAUCCAGCGUUGCCUGGAGAAAUUCCCCCCCCCCCUUUGGAGCAGAGGCAAAUUCAGGAAUUCUUCUCCGACCCAGAAAUCCCUCUCCGAUCGGUGGUUGCGCUGGAGACGUUUAUUUCCGGGCUGCUUAAGAAUUAAUCCUUGAUUUUUCUGCAUCCUUCAGAAAGGAAGGCAUUAAUUGGAUCUCGGGGUCUCCCCACCGGAUUCAACCAGCUCCCAGUUUUUUCUCGCACUGAUGCCAAAAGACGGAGAUGUCUGAGUCUCUCCCUAUCCUACAGUUUUGUUUUUAUUUUAUAUUUCUCGGCGGCCCCUUUCUUCCCUGCAGGGGGUGAAUUUAAGAUCGCACCAUCCAGUGUAUUAUACCCAAGAAUGAGAAUUGGUGGGUCUGUCUUUUGGGGGGAGGGGACAUGGAGCCCCGAAUUAUUCACCUCCGUUUCUUAAGCCGUCGUCAGGGUCUCUUCUGGAAGCAAAACGUGUGCCUUGCAGCUCCUUGGAGGGGGGUUAUUUCUCUUUUGGGGGAGGGGAGCACCCUCCAUUCCUCUGCUCUCUUUCAGUUGCACCCCCCGACUCCGCUGGUCCCAGGCAUCAAAAGUCUGCAAUCUUGGGGAGACAGCUUCUCCCCCCCCUCCAAUUCCCUUCCUUUUUUCUCACGAUCUAAAACCAAGAGGUCUGGAAAAACUUUGUGCAUUUGUUUAAGCGCUUUGUUGCCGUCUGCUUGCAACUUUCAUUAUGUUGAUGACAACUCAUGCUGAUUGGAAGCAUUGCUGAGUUUUGUUUUGUUUUUUUCUUUAAGGGAUGGGGGUGCUAUUUUCUUCUUCUUCUGGUCUUCUGUCCUGGCUCCUCUCUUUGCAUUCAGAAGGUAUGCAGAUUGGGGGGGGGUGCAUCCCCUCCUUCCAGUGGUCCCCAUUUUCUUGCCCCCCCAACCCUCAAUUUUUACGUUGUACUGUCUUGUAGAGUUUUGCUGGGGGUGGGGAGGCCAGAAUGGAUGCUUACGGGACACACAAACACACACACACUCGGCAGGUGUGUGAGCUCCAUCUGUACUGAAAGUGUGAACGGUGAUAACGUAAUGAGUACAGCAGUUUUGGUCCCUUUAAGGGGCGUGGUGGACUUCAACUUCCAGAAUCCCCUUGGCUCUGGGGGAUUCUGGGAGCUCUUAAAAGGACCAAAAUUGAGAAAUGCUGCGACUCAACUUCUCCUGCUACAUUUCUAGCUGUGUUACCACAGCCCCUUUGUGAGUCCCCCCCCCACAACAGCUGAGCAUCCUCAGCCUUUCAAAACCACCCAAGAGUGGGUAGGUGGGGGGCUUUACCGUUCCCCCCAAAACGGGUGUCCGAAAUCAUAACCCUGAGUCCCAUCUUCCUCUCGAUUCUCAACGGCCACUCCGACACCUAUCCAGACCAAAAAAUGACCCCCUUCAACAGGCAGGAAAGGAAGCAUACCACCCCACCCUGCCAUGUUUCCUCCCCCUCCCCGAUGUUUUGGGGGAUGUGCGGGGAGGGGUCUUUCUCAUCAGGGCUGUUUGUGUGGCACAUCUCAUCCAGGGAGAAUUCAUUUUUGCAAAGGCUCCCUGACACAGGCGUUGCUCCGAGUGGCAGUUGGCAGGGAGUGAUCCAUCCAUCUUUUGGAAUCGGGGGUGGGUGGGUAAGCUGUGGUCUUCUCCAAGUGGGGGUUUGCGGGAGGCAUCCUGGCCAUCUGAAAAUUGGGGGUCUCUUUAUCUACCACAUGCCCCUGCUCACGUGGGGUGGGGUGGGGUCUCCCCAGCAACUUCAGGACUGGGAAACGGGUGCGGGGGGGAGAAACCAUGCUCAUCCCCCACUUUUUCCUUUCCAUCCUGUCUUCUCCCCCCCACCAUCCAUGGGGCUCCCUGACUCUCCCAGGGACUUCUGAGAUAGGCUGCCCGGACACAAGGAUACUCGGCUGUUUUUAAAUGUGAACUCCCACCCUUGACGGGGGCUGACCCGAUGUUCUUGUUACUGAAUAAAUUUUUAUUUUGAGAA